AUGAGGCAUCUGUUGGCACUGCUGAUGGUGACUCUGGCCCUGGCAACCCUCUGCUGUUGUGGAGAAGAUCCCAAAGACCCCACAGGAUCUCCCAGUGCUGACAGCAUCAAGAUUAAAAAGGAAGUUGCCAAUGCCUUUGUGAAGAGGCACAAGAGAUCGAGCCUCUAUGAAUGGUAUGCUGAGUAUUACAAAAGUCCAAUGGAGCAGAUGCAUGAGCGUUGUGAAAACUACCCUCCCUGUGACUAUCUCUCUGACCAAAUAGGAUUUUCCAUGGCUUACAACCGUUUCUUUGGGAGAUACUAA